AUGAAACCAUGCAUCGUUAUUGUUGGUCUUGACCAAAUAUUUCUCGAUGAAAUUGUACAAGGUUUAGCUGGUGAAAAUAAAAUGAAUGAUCAUAAUCUUAUUGAAUGGACUAUCGAUACAAAAUAUUAUACAGCUGAUGUUCAUUUACGUCCAAUAAAUAAUAAGUGUUUGGUUGAAGAAACAGUUGCUAAUUUAGCUGAAGUUCUUAUUUUACUUAUUGAUCCAUCGGAAAUCAAUAGUCGAACUAAACUUGAUAGUUGGCUGCCAUUUUUGAGUGUUCUUAAUGAUUGCGAAACAAAAUUGCUUGUUACCCGAAAUAUGAAUGGUCUAUCAAACACAAUUUCAAAAACGGAUGUAAAACAAUGGUGUACAGAACAUGAAUAUGAAUUGCUUGAACUUGAAAAAACUACAACAUCGGAAUCAGAUGGUGAAGACGAUGAUGAAGAUAGUCAUCAAAACAUUCUAUGGAAUUUUUGUCUUUUUUACAAUAGUCUAUCGAGAUGUGUAUGGUGUCCCGCGUUUAAUUCAAACUCUUCAUCUUCAUGA